GUAGACGUACACACAUCUUGGUGCACGGUUCUGCCUUUCGCCCGCUCUCUCUCGCGCCCCCGCUUACCUCUCUCAGCCGCCAUCAUGGAAGGUCCGACCCCGCCGUCGCGAUCCCCACGCGGCUGCUCCAAGGAAGGAAACUCUGAUCCCGCUAUCCCCGCCCCCGCUCUCCUCUCUCGGCCGCCAUCAUGGAAGGUCCGCUCUCUCUCUCUCGCCAUCCCCGCGCGACUGCUCCAAGGAAGGAAGGUCCGACCCCGCCAUCGCCAUCCCCGCGCGGCUGCCUUCCCCUCUCGCCAUCCCCGCGCGGCUGCUCCAAGGAAGGAAGGUCCGACCCCGCCAUCGCCAUCCCCGCGUGGCUGCUCCAAGGAAGGAAGGUCUGACACCGCCAUCCCCGCAGUGGGAGAUUCUGAUCCUCCACACCCGCGCGCGCCAUGGAGCCGGUGUCCCGGAAGCGCAAGGGCGCGCCCCCGGUGUGCUCCGCCACCAGGUCCCUCCAAGAUUUGGCCUCCCGCAAGCGCGCCUGCCGGGGCUCCGAGCCGCAGCAAUCCCACUGCACCGACGCCCCCGUCCCAGCCGUGGUGAUGACGGCCCCCGUGGCGAGCGGCGCGUCGGCGCCAGCGAGGGUCCUCCCGGGGGGCGGGCUCAAGCGGAAGGUGGGCUGCAUCGACAACGCCACGCGGAUCGGGUGGCGGAAGCGGCUGGAGAGCGAGUACGACCUCCGCGAUGAGAUCGGGCACGGCAAGUUCGGGUCCGUCCGCGUCUGCCGCCCCAAGGCCGGGAGCCCGGGACCCAUGGCGAGGAGGAGUUCGCCUGCAAGGCCCUACCAAAGAACGGCGGUGACACGGCCCACCGCGAGGUGGAGAUCAUGCAGCACCUCUCGGGCCACCCGGGCGUCGUCACGCUCAGAGCCGUCUUUGAAGACACCGACGCCUUCUACCUCGUCGUGUCACCGCCAUCCCCGCAGUGGGAGAUUCCGAUCCUCCGCGCCCGCGCGCGCGCCAUGGAGCCGGUGUCCCGGAAGCGCAAGGGCGCGCCCCCGGUGUCCGCCACUAGGUCCCUCCAAGAUUUGGCCUCCCGCAAGCGCGCCUGUCGAGGCUCGGGCCCCUGGUUUCGGCCGGGGUGGUUUCUUGCGUUUGAUUUGAUGGGUGUCUCAUUUCGUUGCCAUCACAGCGGUGGUGAGCGGGUUCUUCUCCAAUGCAGUGUCGGCUGUGGUGGAGCGGUUGUGGUCGCUCUCGCUCAAAUCCACCACCAAGAUAGCAGCGAGCGAGGGCAAGUCAAUGGAGACGGUAUUCGACAGCAGCAUGCUGGGGAUCGAGCCCUACUCCAGGGAGGUCACCCAGAAUGGCGAACUACUCGUCAUGGACUCCAUGAACAGCAACAUCUACAGGAUGGCGCUGCCGCUGUCCCGA